UUUCUUCUAAAAUGUGAGAAUUGCGAUCAUUUGUCAACAGGAGGAGUUCAAUUUAAUCUUCUCCAUUGAAGAGGCCUCCUGAAGCCCACGGGCUUGCUCGCUUCUCUUUGAUCGUUCAUUUCCUUUGUGCGAACUCAGAGGAAAGCGCAAAAAAAGAAGAAGAAAACAACCAGAGUCCCCAUUUCCAUUGACGCCCUCGUCGAUCCGUUUCCUCGUUGCAAAGACUUACUACCAAGUCAGAGGCGAUUCUAGUCAUAUCUCAGCAUUUCUCCUGUGCGUCACUCAAUCGGAGAAAUGCCUGCUCCUAGUAGUUUGAUCUUGCCCGAAUGGCUUUUGCCUUUUCCUUCAGACUUCACAAAUUUGAGUGUCGAAUUUCCCUCUCUAGGAUCUAAUCAACUAGAAGGAUCAGUAAAUUGUAAUUGGCAGUUCGAUAUGGCUGCUGAUACGACAAGCCUGAGUUAUUGGCUGAAUAUCACUUUCUUCCUUUGUGCCCUGAUUAUCCUUGUUCCAAUGUUUACGGCAUCAUACCUCAUAUGGAAGUAUGAAGGAUUCAACAAACCAAAACCUGAUAGAGAAGAGAAUCAGCUGGGAAAGGUGGGGUAUCUGUACAAGGACGAAGCUUGGAGGACCUGUCUUAAGACAAUUCAUCCAAAGUGGCUGCUCGGUUACAGAUUGUUUUCUUUUGGUGUGCUAGCAUCAUUGCUCAUUGCAAAUAUUGUCCUUGAUGGGGCGGGUAUCUUUUACUUUUAUACCCAAUGGACUUUUGCCUUGGUCACAACCUAUUUUGGGAUUGGAUUAUCCAUGUCCAUAUACGGAUGCUGUAUAAACUAUAAGGCUGCUAAUGAUAAAGCUGAUAACGGCAAUUUCGAUGCACACCGAGGAAAUUAUAUGGCUGUUUCUCUUGGAGAGCAUAUCAACACAUCUAGCACACCCAAAACUUCAAAUUCAAAUCAGAAAUCUCCCAUUCGCAAUAGUGCUGGUCUAUGGGUGUUUAUAUUCCAGAUCAUAUAUCAGACGAGUGCAGGUGCGGCGAUGCUUACUGAUGCUGUAUUUUGGCUCGUUCUCUAUCCUUUUCUGACCUCAAAAGAUUACAGAUUGAAUCUUCUGGAUGUUUGUUUGCACUCAAUCAAUGCUUUCUUCCUCCUCGGUGACACCAUUUUGAAUUGUUUGCGGUUCCCUGUGUUUCGUUUUGGAUAUUUUGUUCUAUGGACGGGUCUAUAUGUCAUUUUCCAAUGGAUCAUCCACGCUUGCGUUUCAAUUUGGUGGCCAUAUCCAUUUCUGGACUUGUCAACACCGUAUGCUCCUCUUUGGUACCUAGGAGUGGCAGUGAUGCAUGUUCCAUGCUACGGCAUCUUCGCUUUGAUAGUCAGGCUCAAACACAUCUUGUUGCCCAGAUGGUUCCCAGAAUCAUACCAAAGUCUGAAAUGAGGAAAUAAUCAGGCUAGGCAUUCUUAGCGUUUUAGUUACUGCUCUAUCACACGGGGUCUCGCCACCAUACUUGGCACAUAUAUGUAAAUCUUGCUUCUUCCCUCCUCCAAGGGGCGGCUGCUGCGGUUCCCAGGAUUCGUGAAAGAGAAGAGGUAAUCAUUCACUGGUUGUACGCAGAAGAAGAGUGCUGGAGUCAUGUAUUUGCAAUUCUUCAUUCAUGAAGUGCACAAUUUUUGAAAGUCUAGCAUUGGAUGCUGUUGCUGAAUCCAUUCAUUUGUAACCGAAUCCUUGUGGGCUAUAUAUUCGCAGUGGAUGGUACAAGUGUACGCAUGAACUCUAUGUAUUGAGACGGUGUGCUUAGGUAAAAAGAAGAUGUCGCACGGCGACGUCAUUCAUUAAUCUGGUGAAGUUCCAAUGCCGAUCGCAAA